AUGAUCCAAUUUGUCUCAAGGUCAUUUUAGCAAUUAACAGAACAUACUUGAGCCCUACACUUGCAUGACUUAAUACAAAUACAAUCUAUUCAUUAUUAGUAUAUUCAGUCAAGCAACUUUUAGAUCUAAUAUUCAGCGAAAUAGGAAGUGGCUAAAUGUUUUCGUGGGUUCCUGAAGGUAUCAUAUCACCUCUCCAGUUUUGCUAGUAGCUAGCACUUCAGCUAAUGCGGCUACAAUCUACGGACGACGUUAAAAUAAAUGAAAAGUGACACUCGGUUUAGCAGAGCGGACGGAUUGUUGCUUUUAUUAAAUCUGGAUCAAUCCAUACAAACCUUUGUUAUCUGUCUUGCGACGUUCUCUGCUAACGUCAAUGUUAGCUGCGUAAUGGGAAACCGUAGCUAAGCUAACAGUGGCUAACCAAAUUAGCUGACCGCUAGUUUCAAUGCUUCAAUGAAUGGGGUUGCUGCACUUACUGAGGACACCAAUCAACAAUGUACUGCUCCUAGCCUUCUUGUUGUAUUCCUGUUUCGCUGGUACUUAGCCAUCAGGAGCUCGAAGACCUGGAUGCAAAGAGAAGAGUUUAGUCGUGAAACGAGCUAACGUGAUUACGCUAAAUAACAUGGACACCUAACACUAGCAUUGGACUGUUUUUUUUAAGCCAACCCUGGAUAACUUUGUUGAUCAUGCAUCAUCAGAUCAUACACUACCCAGGUACAUAGAUGAAGGAGUAGCUAUGAUAGCUUGCGUAACAUAGAACUGCAGUCGAUACUGCAAAGAACUGUAAAAGUGUUUUUACUUUGGUUUUACAAACUUCCAUUAAGAAUUUACGAACAUUACUGGCUCGGGUCUUCGUCGCAGAGUUGAUUUUUUUGUAAAGCUGUUGCCUGUGAGAAGCAAUGAUGGCGUUUCGGACUAACCCUGCCCUCCGUCCCAGGUAGGGGAGUGGUGGUGAAGACUCCCCGGUCUGGCCUGGCCCGCUGUUGAAGAUGAUGGAAAAUAAUUGAGAAAUCAUUGAUAUAUUGACUGGUCUUUAUUUAUCUACUUUCAAAAGAGACAAUGCGAGGCCAUCGCGACUGGAAGCCUUGUUUUUGAAGUGAUUUGCUAUUUGGGAGACUACAAGGCUCAUGAUGGACAUGGAGGAAGUUCCCUCAGAAGAAAAUUAUUUGAAAUAAUCGUGGACUGUUGAUCUCAGCUCUUUGCCUUUGUAUUUUCCCCAAUAUAAUUUGAAGGACUAUUUCACUGACAACACUCCAACAUGUCUGUAUUUUCGGAGUUCGUCCCCCCUCCUGAAUGUCCGGUUUUUGAGCCGAGUUGGGAGGAUUUCUCGGAUCCUUUAGGAUUUAUCAACAAGAUCCGACCCAUUGCUGAGAAAACGGGCAUCUGCAAGAUCCGACCCCCGGAGGAGUGGCAGCCUCCUUUUGCCUGUGAUGUACGCAACUUCCGCUUCACUCCAAGAGUACAGAGGUUGAAUGAACUUGAGGCUCUCACUCGUGUUAAGCUCAACUUUCUGGAUCAAAUCGCAAAGUUCUGGGAGUUACAGGGCUCCAAGAUUCGAUUCCCUCAUGUGGAGAGAAAGAUCCUGGACCUCUAUCAGCUCAGCAAGAUUGUGUCGUCCGAGGGUGGCUUUGAGACUGUGUGUAAAGAGAGGAUAUGGUCCAAGGUGGCCAGCCGAAUGGGCUUCCCACCUGGAAAAGGCACCGGUUCACUGCUGCGGUCUCACUAUGAGAGGAUCCUUUACCCUUAUGAGCUCUUCCAGUCUGGAGCCACGUUAACGGGCAUCCAGCGGUUGUAUGAUGAUGGAGAUGAAGGUGAAGAGGUUGAUGAGGGAGUUGGUGAAGAGGCUAUGGAAGAAGAAGAGCAAGAUGAUGAGGAAGAUAAGGAGAGGGAUAAAGAUGGGGAGGGUGAUGCAAUGCAAACCAAAGACAGACUUUUGCCUGAGAGACGAUCCAGACGUCUAAAGUGCGAGAGGGAAAACAAGGAGCCAAAAGGCCUCAAAAUCUUUGGUACAAGUCCCAAGAUGGUAGGCUUAGAGAUUGUAUCAGCUGAUGAUGGAUUCAACAAGAAGCAGCGUCACCUUAAAGCCCAAGCCUUUGCCAUCAAAAUGAGACCUCGGAAGGAGACCCUGGAGGUCAACUUUAUUGACCUCUACCUCUGCCUGGUGUGUGGACGAGGAGAUGAAGAGGACCGACUUCUGUUGUGCGAUGGCUGUGAUGACAGCUAUCACACCUUCUGUCUGAUCCCACCUCUGCAGGAUGUGCCCAAGGGAGACUGGAGGUGUCCAAAGUGUGUUGCUGAGGAGUGCAGUAAGCCCAGAGAGGCAUUUGGCUUUGAGCAAGCUGUGAGGGAGUAUACUCUGCAGAGCUUUGGAGAAAUGGCGGACCACUUCAAGUCUGACUACUUCAACAUGCCAGUUCAUAUGGUCCCCACAGAGCUGGUGGAGAAGGAGUUCUGGCGCCUGGUAAGCAGCAUUGAGGAGGAUGUCAUUGUAGAGUAUGGGGCUGACAUAAGUUCUAAAGAUGUGGGCAGUGGGUUUCCCAUCAGGGAUGGCAAGAGGAGGCUACUGGGAGAUGAAGAGGACUAUGCCAACUCUGGCUGGAACCUGAACAAUAUGCCAGUGCUGGAGCAGUCAGUGCUGACCCACAUCAAUGUGGACAUCUCGGGUAUGAAGGUUCCCUGGCUCUACGUGGGCAUGUGUUUCUCCUCUUUUUGCUGGCACAUUGAAGACCACUGGAGUUACUCCAUCAAUUUCCUCCACUGGGGUGAGCCGAAGACCUGGUAUGGAGUGCCAGCCUCAGCGGCAGAGCAACUGGAGGCAGUAAUGAAAAAACUGGCCCCAGAACUGUUUGACUCCCAGCCUGACCUCCUCCAUCAACUGGUCACUAUCAUGAAUCCAAAUGUCCUCAUGGAGCAUGGCGUCCCUGUUUAUAGGACCAAUCAGUGUGCAGGGGAGUUUGUAGUGACCUUCCCCAGGGCGUACCACAGUGGCUUCAACCAGGGUUACAACUUUGCGGAGGCUGUUAACUUUUGCACUGCUGACUGGUUACCCAUGGGUCGUCAAUGUGUAGCCCAUUACCGACGUCUCCACCGCUACUGUGUUUUCUCUCACGAGGAGCUUCUGUGCAAAAUGGCAGCAGAUCCAGAGAGCCUUGAUGUAGAACUGGCUGCUGCUGUUUUCAAGGAAAUGGGAGAGAUGAUGGAGGAAGAGACGCAACUUAGGCAGGCAGCCCAAGAAAUGGGGGUGCUGUCUUCGGAGCAGGAGGUUUUUGAAUUGGUUCCUGAUGAUGAGCGCCAAUGCUACAAGUGUAAGACAACUUGUUUCCUGUCUGCACUGACAUGUUCCUGCAGCCCAGAUCGGUUGGUUUGUCUCCACCACACAGCAGAUCUGUGUGACUGCCCAAUGGGCAACAAGUGUGUCCGGUAUCGCUAUGAUCUGGAGGAGUUUCCAUCCAUGCUGUAUGGAGUCAAAACACGGGCUCAGUCCUAUGACACUUGGGCUAAGAGGGUGACUGAGGCCUUGGCUGCUGACCAGAAGAAUAAGAAAGAUCUUAUUGAGCUCAAGGUUUUGCUGGAGGAUGCAGAGGAUAGGAAGUAUCCUGAGAAUGCUUUAUUCCGACGCUUGAGGGAGAUGGUCAAAGAGGCUGAGACAUGCUCUUCAGUAGCCCAGCUGUUACUUAGCCGAAAGCAGAGACACAGCAGUCGUCUGCGUUCUGAGACCAGCCGAAAUCGUACUAAACUGACGGUGGAUGAGCUGAAGGCAUUUGUGGACCAACUCUACAGGCUUCCCUGCAUCAUCAGCCAGGCCAGACAAGUCAAGGAGUUGCUAGAAAAUGUGGAGGACUUCCAUGAGCGAGCCCAGGUGGCGCUGGCAGACGAGAUGCCUGAUUCAUCCAAGCUCCAGGCUCUAUUGGACCUUGGCAGUGGCCUUGAUGUCGAGCUUCCUGAACUGCCCCAACUUAAACAAGAGCUCCAGCAGGCCCGCUGGCUUGAUGAGGUGCGUAUCACCCUGGCUGAACCUCACAGAGUCACGCUGGAGCUAAUGAAGAGGUUGAUAGACUCAGGGGUGGGUCUGGCUCCUCACCAUGCUGUGGAGAAAGCCAUGGCUGAACUGCAGGAGAUCCUAACUGUUUCAGAGAGAUGGGAGGAAAAAGCUCGCGCCUGCCUCCAGGCCAGGCCACGACAUAGCAUGGUGACCUUGGAGAGCAUUGUGCUAGAAGCCAGAAACAUCCCAGCAUACUUGCCAAAUAUUCUGGCCCUUCGAGAGGCCCUACAGAAAGCCAAGGAGUGGACCACCAAAGUGGAAGCCAUUCAGAGUGGUAGUAGCUAUGCUUACUUGGAACAACUGGAGAGUCUGCUGGCCAGAGGUCGUUCAAUCCCUGUCCGGUUAGAUCCUCUGGCCCAGGUGGAGUCACAGGUGGCUGCUGCCCGAGCCUGGAGGGAAAGAACUGCCCGCACCUUCCUCAAGAAGAAUUCCACAUACACACUUCUUCAGGUUCUGAGUCCACGGGUGGACAUUGGGGUCUAUGGCAACAGCAAGAGCAAGCGGAAGCGUGUCAAGGAGCUCAUGGAGAAGGAGAGAGGGGGCUUUGACCCUGAUACUCUGAGUGAUCUGGAAGAAAGCUUAGAGGAAGUACGAGAUCCCACCACUGUUGUAGCAGCCUUUAAAGCCAAAGAGCAAAAAGAAGUGGAGGCCAUACACUCACUCCGUGCUGCCAAUUUAGCCAAAAUGGCCAUGGCUGACCGCAUCGAGGAAGUCAAGUUCUGCUUGUGCCGAAAGACUGCCAGUGGUUUCAUGCUGCAGUGCGAGCUUUGUAAGGACUGGUUCCAUGGUGCGUGUGUACCUCUGCCAAAGACUGGAUCUCAGAAGAAACUAGGCGUGGGCUGGCAGAGUAAUGGCAAAGACUCCAAAUUUCUGUGCCCGCUGUGUCAGCGCUCAAGGAGGCCAAGGCUAGAGACCAUCUUGUCACUGUUGGUGUUGCUACAGAAGUUGCCAGUACGUCUGCCAGAAGGAGAGGCCCUACAGUGUUUGACCGAGAGGGCAAUGAGCUGGCAGGACCGCGCACGACAAGCUCUGGCCACUGAGGAGCUGUCCUCAGCCCUCGCAAAGCUAUCGGUGCUUAGCCAGCGCAUGGUAGAGCAGGCUGCAAGGGAGAAAACUGAGAAGAUCAUCAAUGCUGAGCUGCAGAAAGCUGCUGCCAACCCUGACUUGCAGGGACACAUUCAGACGUUUCAGCAGUCAGGUUUCAGCCGAGCAACAUCACCACGCCCCUCUGUGGACUACGAUGAUGAGGAAACGGACUCAGAUGAGGACAUCAGGGAGACCUAUGGAUACGACAUGAAAGACCCAGGGGAAGUGAAACCCUACUUGUUCUGUGAUGAGGAGAUUCCUGUUAAGUCAGAGGAGGUGGUCAGUCAUAUGUGGCCAGCUGCAACACCCUCUUUCUGUGCUGAACAUGCCUACUCCUCAGCCUCUAAAUCCUGCGUCCAGAACCUGGGCACACCCAGAAAGCAGCCACGGAAGACCCCUCUGGUACCUCGCAGUCUGGAGCCGCCAGUGCUUGAGUUGUCCCCUCAGGCUAAGGCCCAGCUGGAGGAGCUGAUGAUGCUGGGAGACCUGCUGGAGGUGUCCCUGGAUGAGACCCAGCACAUCUGGAGGAUCCUGCAGGCCACACACCCCCCGUCUGAGGAAAGAUUCCUUCAGGUCAUGGAGCCUGAUGAUUCUCUGAUGGAAAAGCCUCUGAAAAUCAAACUGAAGGAUUCAGAGAAGAAAAGGAAACGGAAGUUGGAAAGAGCUGAACACCACCACAUGUUGAUGGCCGCUGCUGCUGCCAGUGGGACGUCCGGAAUGGGGGACAUGCGACCUGCCAAGUCGAAAGAACUUAAAAGGGUUGGUCUGGAGCUUGGACUGGGGGGCAAACCCAAGAAGAAGAAACUCAAACUCAGCCUGGACAAGAACCGGGAAAUGAAGCAGUUAGCAAAAAGGUUAGCCAAGGAGGAGAAGGAGAGGAAGAGGAAAGAGAAAGCAGCCGCCAAGGCAGAGGCCAUCAGAGAGGGGCUGGAAAAAAGAAAAGAGAAGAAGAUACUUGACAUCCCCUCCAAGUACGACUGGUCUGGAGCUGAAGACUCCAAUGAUGAAAACGCUGUAUGUGCAGCCAAGAACUGCCAGAGACCGUGUAAAGAUAAGGUGGAUUGGGUGCAGUGCGACGGUGGCUGCGAUGAGUGGUUCCACCAAGUUUGCGUCGGUCUUUCAAGCGAAAUGGCGGAGAAUGAGGAUUACAUUUGCAUGGACUGUUCCCAGAAGGCCACUGGGAUGAAUUUGGCAAGCGGAGGAGGUGUGAUGGUGGAGGAAGUGGCAGAAGAGAGCGUUGUAGUAUUGGCAACAUCAAUGUGCAGCGGCAGCAUCCAAAGCGUGCCCUCAUCAUCAGUCGUUGCCUCGUGGUCUCACGCGUCCACUGCCUCCAAUAAGUUAAAUGUGACAACUUCACAUCAGCAGCAACAGCAAGAACCUCAGCAAGGCAGUUAGCGCUUAAAAGGCCCAUUUUUGGAAACAGACUGUACCUCACACAAAGAGCGUAACACAAACCCCAGUAUCCAGGCUAGCAACCUCAACCUGUUAGACUGUACAGCAUCCAACCACAGGAAAGAAGGAAUCUGUGGGAAUUGUUGAACUGCCUGGAUUAUAGAGCACAAGAGAUAAGACAAAGGAAUUCUAAGGCCAGAGAGAGUGAGCCUUCCAAGACUAAAAAUGAAUUUUCACUACAUAGCAUCAGCUAUUGAAAGGUCUCUCCUCUCCCUGUCAAACAACUGAAUGUGCACAGAUGAGACUUAAUCCUCCUUUGCCUGGGUUUUAGGUCAGUGAUUUCCCAGUCAUCCCUGAACAAUAACAAGUCAUAGAUGCACCUACAGUCAAAAAAAGUAUACCCACUUAACCCAGCUGUUGUAUUCACUGCGAACGGGCAAAUAAAGCAACAUGGUUCUGGUUGUAUUUUACUAGGUAUCCCGAUUUUCUCCAAUCUGCCUGACCCUUCAGACAAUAACAUCUCAAAUACGUAGGAUUCGAGACUAGGAAAAUGGUUGUUGUAGUGGAAUUAUUUAUAAUGUACAUAGCUUUUAAGCAAUGAAAUAAAUGGAUUGUGGCUUUUUUGUUUUCUCACCUUUAAUAAACUCUUCCUAGUCAAAUGA